AUGGAUAAACUCGAUAAAAUAAUUGAAUAAUUAGAUGAAUUAGAAAUUAGUCAGAAACAUAGAGAAGAUUAGAUCAAGCGUAAUCAAAGCUCUUCCUUACUCAAGAUACCUAAAGUAAAAUAAAUUAAUUAAAAAAAGGUGAUACUAAUUUAAAGAAUCUGUGGAUUUUUGAAUGAUCAAGAUCUAUAUAGAUUUACAGCAACUUGUUCAACAAUGAGAAAGAUAAUGUUUUGCCCUUUAGGAUUUAAGUUAUUAUCGCUAAGUAGAAAUGCUCAACAUAUUGUGGGAGGAACAAAAUAGCAAUAACAAAUGAUUAAAAAAGAAAAAUAAGAGGUUGUUUCAAGUGGAAGCAUUUCUGGAAAUAAUAGUGUUUUUGAUUCAGAAGAAGAUGCUUUGGCUUAAUUAUAAGCUUUGAAAUCUGUGAAAGAGUUUCUAACUUCUAAAUUAUAAUCAUCUUAAGCAUAAAUAUAAAAUCUAGAGGAUUUGAUAAAUGAUUCUUAAGACACAUUAAAAUAUGAGAAAUCAGUUAAUCUAAAAUUAUAAUCUAAAAUUAACAUACUUUAAAAUCAACUCUCUAUUUCUGAACUAUAAAGACAAGAUGUUAAAGAAAAUUUGUCAGAAUUGAAUUCUAAAUACAAUAAAAUAGUAAUACUUAUAUCAAAUUAAGAUUAGCUAAAUGGAAUAAGAUAGAGUAGUACUUCAAGAUGACAAAGACAAACUUCUGGGUCAUAAAAAGGUGCUAAUAUAGGAAGUUUAUAGAUUAAGAGGAUAGGUUUCUUAAAUGGAAGAGGAUCAGAAUAAUUAUCAAUCAGCCUUAAAAUAAGUUCGAGCAUUUAUGGAUACGAUUGAAUUAAAACCAAUUUGAUUACAUGAUUUGAUUAAUUUUAUAUCUAUGCAAGC